AUGAAGAACAAGAAGAAAUGUAAAAACAAGUUCAAAAUUAAAAAUGGAGAGAAUUCCACACCCCCAGAGACCACUGUGCAAAAGGACACAGAAGAUGGACCAAAAGUAGCUUCUGAUGUGAACAGGAAAACAGCGGUUGACCAGACACAACAACACCAGACAAAGAAAAACAAACAGCAGAAAGAGGGUGAGCGUAAAACACAGAAAAGGAAAAAGGUCCCAGAGGGAAAAGAGAUGACCUUCACUGAGACUGCUUCCACUCCAGGCACAGAAACAGAAGGAGAGCAAAGAGCAGGACCGCAGGAGAGAGAAGCUCAGGAGAAUGCUCCGGGCCAGAGCCCGGAAAAUAAAAAGCAACCUACAGAGCAGAAGGAGGAGACACGCACCACAGAGGAGGUGAAAGAGGCUCCUGCCGACCGCUCGGCUGCUCUGAGGUCCCGCAUGGAGCAGCGCUUGGAGUCAGCGCGGUUCCGUUAUAUUAACGAGGUUCUGUACACCACGUCUAGUGGGGAGGCUAAACGCAUGUUCAGACAGGACCCCCAGGCCUUUGGCAUCUACCACAGGGGCUUCACGGCACAGGUCCAGCGCUGGCCAGCUAAUCCUGUUGACGCCAUCAUCUCCUACAUACGCCACAAGCCUGCCUCUCUGGUGGUGGCAGAUUUCGGCUGUGGCGACUGCAAAAUUGCUGUUAGCGUGAAGAACAAAGUGCACAGUUUUGACUUGGCACCUAUCUGUGACAGUGUAACUGUCUGUGACAUGGCUAAUGUACCUCUCAAGGAUGGCACUGUGGACAUAGCUGUAUUCUGUCUCUCUCUUAUGGGGACCAACCUUGGGGAUUUCCUAGUUGAGGCUAACCGUGUGCUGGUGAUGGGGGGUAUCCUGAAAAUUACAGAGGUGGCAAGUAGAUUUGAGAAUGUGCGGAACUUCAUGGGUGCUUUGUCCAGCCUGGGAUUCAAGUUGGUCACAAAGGACACAGAGAAUAGCCACUUUUACUCCUUUGAGUUUGAGAAGAUUGCAGAAGCUCCAGAGAGGAUAAAGAAGGCAGGAGGACUGGAGCUGAGGCCUUGUGUGUACAAGAAACGAUGAGGGCAACAGUGAAGAGAACAUGGGAGAAACAGUUCCAAAUGGCACUCUAUUCCCUUUAUACUGCACUACUUUUGAACAGGGCCCAUUGGGCUCUGGUCAAAAGUAGUGCACUAUAUAGGGAAUAGGGUGCCGUUUGGGACAUACCACAGGAGAGAAGUCAGUGAGGAGGCAAGCAGGAUGGACAGUAACAUAAAAGGGCUCUUCUGCUGGUUGUUAUUGUAAAUAUGGUGAGCUGGUGGUUUUGACCCCCAAACCUUGUGGGCUUUCAAAUGUCUGUUUCAAAGACAAAACAUGUUCAAAAGUUGUUGACAACAUUGGUAUAUUUUUUAUUAAAUCAAAAAAGAAAUGUAUUGCAUUAUAAGUCUUAUCAUGCACAAUAAUUUCAGAUUCAUAAAGCAAGAGGAAUUAUUCUUAUAAGAUUUCUCAUAUAAAGUCUGUUGUAAAAACCUUGA